AUGGCGGAAUUGGCGCAAAAAGCAGUCCUCAUUCAAUCCUCCGACACCAACUUUCAGUUUCAUGCAUUGGGGACGGUGAACGGCCCUGCAGGGGAUCAGCUGCAGUCCAUUGCGGCGUCUUUGGAGCAGUACGCGGCGUUGGGCUUCCAGGCCUCACACUUUUCACAGGCAGUUGCUAUUUGCAAAAGGAUGUUGCAGCCACAACCUCCUUCUGCGGCGGUGAAACAAUUGACGGGCUCCAACGAUGCGAAUGGAAAAGAUGCUUCAUUAACACAAGUCUUGGUGCAACCGACCAUUUUUCUUGGGGCGACGGCAAAUUUGUUUGGUACGGGCUGUCGCGAGGCGAUUCGCUUUCUUUGUAAAGAAAGCGUUUCUUUACCGCAUGGUGUCUUGCCAGCGGCCAUGCCUGAUGAAAUGAGUAUGCCGAGUUGCGACAUUGAUGACGAGACGAUUCCUUUGAAUCCGCCCUUUUAUUCCAAUGCGCUCAUUCAUGCGUUGGUCGUGAGUGGAGGUGCGAUGGAACAUGAUAUUCGUCGCGCAUGUGAACCGUACCGAAUCACCAAUUAUGGAAGCUUUGAUGGAACUCCAUCACAUCAACAACGACAGGAGUCUGCAACGGCAGGGGAGGAUGUUGCUCGGUUUGGAAACAUAAGUUAUGGCGGUAGUGGCACUGGACCAACCUCGUCUAUUUUUACUUCCGUCAUGCGCCGCCUGGUGUCACGUUUAAAAGCAGCGCAGAAGCGUCGUAAGGACGCCUCUACCGCCAAGCCAAUUCCUGCGGUGCACGGCGAUGUCUGUGAGUGGGCGUUCAGUCCAAGUACAGUGUGGUACAUGGCCGGCCGCUGGCUACCAGAACUUUUUACAGAGGUCUUACGUGAGAGGAGUGGAGGAAACAUGGAGGCAGUCGCUGACGAGGCACAGCGGCGUGCUGAGAGCACAGUGUUGUAUUGGGCCUCCAUGAACGGUGUACCCAUUUUUUCACCAUCCUUCUCGGAUGGGGAUAUCAUGAAAUUUAUUCUUGACACGGAGGAUUUGACAACUGCCUUGCUGAAAUUGGAUCUUGUUGUGGAUAUUUACCGCCUCAAUAAAUUUGCUAUGCGUAGCCAGCGAAGCGGAAUGAUUAUUCUUGGAGGAGGUGUGGUGAAGCACCACGUGUGCAACGCAAAUCUUAUGCGCAAUGGAGCCGACGGUGCUGUGUUCAUAAACAAUGGACAGGAGUUUGACGGCAGUGACUCCGGUGCACGUCCAGACGAGGCGGUUUCGUGGGGCAAAAUACGUCUUGAUGGCGAAUCUGUAAAGGUGUAUGCGGAGGUGUCACUUGUCUUUCCGCUGCUGGUUGCGCAGGUGUUUUUGCCUUUUGUGCGAGCAGCGCGCGGUGUGUCGCUAGCGAAAGAAAGUGAAUUUUUGUAG